AUGAAAAAUUUCUUGUUUUUCCUUGCCAUUACAGCGAUUUCCGGAGUUCUGGUUAAUUGUAAAUGUAUAUAUAGUUCAUCUGAUAAUGUGACAACAGAGACGGCAGAUCAACAAGCGAACGCUAAAGAAAUAAGUGGACAACAGCCGACAAAAACGGAAUUGACGAAUGAACAGAAAAUCUUGAAUGAAAAGAUUGCUGACAUUACAACCACAAAAGUCAUGAAAACUGAAGCGACUAUCCCUGAAGACCGAUCACUGAUAACUCAACUCGAAGUACCAGAUGACUUGUUAGAAUACAUCCACCUUAAUAAAUGCUUCAGGAAAGAACUCGAAGUACCAGAUGACUUGUUAGAAUACAUCCACCUUAAUAAAUGCUUCAGGAAAGAAACUGUAACAGAGAAUUCAACGCUUGUGAGCGGAAGUCAACAAACAAAAACGAAGGAAAUAACACUGCCACAGGCUAAAAAUACAGAGGAGAUGGCUGAAAAGAAAACAGUGACAAAAUUGACAAACGAGAAAAAGACCAGUGGAACAGAAUCAGGCAGUCAGCCUCCCAGAAAAGAGAAACAGAAAACUUUAUUGACUUUACAUGAAUGGCGUCAUUUCAAAGUUCAAUUCGCUUUAGUGAAAUGUACAUUUGUAUUUCGUAAUGAGUUAGCGUUUCCGCUGAAAGCACAAUAA